AUCCCUAAGGAGCAGCGUAUGCGCUUGAGUUGGCAGUCUGGGGAAGGCGCAGAGCGCACAUCCAGGAGGAGGAGAAGCAGGAGAACGUCGAUCUUAGGGGGUCCUACACAUCUGUCCCCGCUGCCUUUCUCUGUCACUGGGGAAAAGGUGUAAGAAGCAUAUUAGAUCGACGUUCCCAGGCUGAGGCAGACACAAGGCAGCCUUCCAUCAUGGGCAACCGAGGAAUGGAGGAGCUGAUUCCUCUGGUUAACCGGCUUCAAGAUGCCUUUUCAUCCAUAGGACAAAAUGCCAACCUGGACCUGCCACAGAUCGCUGUGGUUGGGGGUCAGAGCGCUGGAAAGAGCUCGGUUCUGGAGAAUUUCGUUGGCAAGGACUUUCUUCCCCGUGGGUCUGGCAUUGUGACUCGAAGACCUCUAGUUUUGCAGCUGGUAAACAGCUCAACAGAAUAUGGCGAGUUCCUGCACUGUAAGGGGAAGAAAUUCACAGACUUUGAUGAGAUACGCCUGGAGAUUGAGGCUGAAACUGAUCGAGCCACUGGAACAAAUAAGGGUAUCUCCCCUGUGCCAAUAAACCUGCGCGUCUAUUCACCAAAUGUGCUUAACCUGACUUUGGUAGACCUCCCAGGAAUGACAAAGGUUCCAGUGGGUGACCAGCCAGUAGACAUUGAAUUCCAGAUCCGUGAUAUGCUCAUGCAAUUUGUCACUAAGGAGAACUGUCUUGUUCUGGCUGUAUCUCCAGCAAAUUCUGACUUGGCAAACUCGGAUGCCUUGAAAAUAGCCAAAGAAGUAGAUCCCAAGGGACUACGCACAAUUGGUGUCAUCACCAAACUAGACUUAAUGGAUGAGGGAACUGAUGCAAGAGAUGUUCUUGAGAACAAGCUGCUGCCUCUUCGAAGAGGUUACAUUGGGGUAGUGAACCGAAGCCAAAAAGACAUUGAUGGAAAGAAAGAUAUUCAAGCCGCCCUAGCAGCCGAGAGGAAGUUUUUCUUGUCUCACCCCUCCUACAGACAUCUUGCUGACCGCAUGGGAACACCCUAUCUCCAAAAAGCUCUUAAUCAGCAACUGACCAAUCAUAUUCGAGACACUCUUCCCGGAUUGCGCAACAAGCUCCAGAGCCAACUUCUGUCCAUAGAAAAGGAAGUGGAAGAGUACAAAAAUUUCCGACCCGAUGAUCCAGCCCGUAAAACCAAGGCACUGCUUCUAAUGGUUCAGCAGUUUGCAGUUGACUUUGAGAAAAGAAUUGAGGGUUCAGGGGAUCAGAUUGAUACAUAUGAGCUGUCUGGAGGAGCCCGCAUAAACCGGAUUUUCCACGAGCGGUUCCCUUUUGAACUUGUCAAGAUGGAGUUUGAUGAGAAGGAACUAAGAAGAGAAAUUAGCUAUGCAAUCAAGAACAUUCAUGGCAUCAGAACGGGGCUCUUCACACCUGACAUGGCCUUCGAAACCAUCGUCAAGAAGCAAAUCAAGAAGAUCAAAGAGCCGUGUUUGAAAUGCGUGGACAUGGUCAUUUCCGAGCUAAUCGGUACCGUUAGACAGUGCACCAAGAAGCUUAGUCAGUACCCUCAUCUGCGAGAGGAAAUGGAACGAAUAGUCACCACACACAUCCGUGAAAGAGAGGGACGGACAAAGGACCAGGUUAUGCUCCUGAUCGACAUAGAGCUGUCCUAUAUGAACACAAACCAUGAGGAUUUCAUUGGCUUUGCAAACGCUCAACAAAGGAGCAGCCAAACAAACAAGAAGAAGGCAUCUGGAAACCAAGAUGAGAUCCUGGUAAUUCGCAAGGGCUGGCUGACCAUCAACAACAUUGGCAUAAUGAAAGGUGGUUCCAAAGAGUACUGGUUUGUACUGACUGCAGAAAACCUUUCCUGGUACAAAGAUGAUGAGGAAAUGGAGAAAAAGUACAUGUUGCCAGUGGACAACCUGAAGCUGAGGGACAUUAAGGAGAAGGAGAAAAAGUACAUGUUGCCACUGGACAACCUGAAGCUGAGGGACAUUGAGAAAGGCUUCAUGUCCAGCAAGCACAUAUUCGCACUAUUCAACACUGAGCAAAGAAAUGUUUACAAGGAUUACCGUCAGCUGGAGUUGGCCUGUGAAACCCAGGAAGAGGUUGAUAGCUGGAAGGCUUCUUUUCUGCGGGCUGGGGUCUACCCAGAGAGAGCUGGGGACAAAGAUAAAGCAAGUGAGUCAGAGGAGAACGGUUCCGACAGCUUCAUGCAUUCCAUGGACCCUCAGCUGGAGAGGCAGGUGGAGACCAUCCGCAAUCUGGUGGAUUCCUACAUGGCCAUUGUCAACAAGACGAUCAGAGACCUGAUGCCCAAAACCAUCAUGCAUCUCAUGAUAAUCAAUACCAAGGAUUUCAUUCAUUCUGACCUCCUGGCCAACCUGUACUCCUGCGGUGAUCAGAAUACACUGAUGGAGGAGUCAGCCGAGCAGGCUCAGCAUCGGGACGAGAUGUUAAAGAUGUACCGUGCCCUGAAAGAGGCUCUGUGUAUUAUUGGCGACAUCAGCACCACUACAAUUAGCACCCCCAUGCCACCACCAGUGGAUGACUCUUGGCUACAGGUGCAGAAUAUGCCAACUGGGCGCAGGUCUCCAACAUCAAGCCCUACCCCGCAGAGAAGAGCUCCUGCUGUGCCCCCCACCAGGCCUGGAUCCAGAGGACCUGCUCCUGGUCCUCCUCCUCCAGGUUCCACUCUUGGAAGUGCUCCCCCUGUACCCUCGAGACCUGGAGCAUCACCAGACCCAUUUGGGCCUCCUCCCCAGAUCCCAUCAAGGCCUAACCGUGCACCUCCUGGUGUCCCAAGAAUAACUAUCAGUGACCCUUGAGGAGCAAUCGUUACGCAGGAAGGCUCCCGCAUCACCUACACGACCCACCAUUAUCCGAUCUGCCGAUCCGUCCCUCUUAGAUUAUUAAUUGGAGGCCUGGCCGCUGAAUACAACUCCCUCACUCCCUUUCUGCUCACUCAUUACACCUCUCCCAGGCAUGGUGCAAUCUCUCUUCCUCUUUCCUCUCUUUCACUGUGUUGUAAACACUGGCUCAGUGUCGCACCAAUGUAUUGUACUGUACAGAAGUGUAGUGUUGUUCCUUCCGCCAUAUUGUGAUGUUAACCCGCCAGCAAUUGCUGGUUGAUGGUUUUAUUUUCUGUUCUCCUCACAAUGCCUUUAUGCAUUAUCAUUUCACUGGCUUACAAAAUUGGUUUACCUCAUUGCCUCCAUCGCUACAACAGCAGGAUUUUGUUAUUUAAAGGACACCCGUCAAAAAUAAUAGAAUUCAUAGGCAUAUUCAUUAAGGAAGAGACAGGACCUUGACCUGCAUUUCCUUUAACAUAUCCUAAACUGUGCUGCUUCUUAAUGUGACUGAUGUACCUGCUGCUUACUGUGGUCCUAUAGCUCUUGUUUUCUGCCUUCUUCUUCAUGGCUCUGUCUGGGGCAAAUUACAUUCCUGCACUCCAUAUAUUAAGAACAGACUGUUGUGCCAGAACCUAAAAGAAAUAAGAGUGAGAAAUUCUCAGGCAAGCUGCAAGAGGACCAGGACUGGAUGAAUAUAUCACUUAAAAUAAAAAAAAUACCAGUGUUUGCAGUUUAGAUAUUGGAUGUCAUCUAUGUAACCAGAAUCUGAAAGUAAAACGGAAUGUUUAAAACAAUGGAUUUUAAACAGUGGGUUUAGAAUUGUGUGGGUGGACACUCCAAAUGUAUUUUAAAAGCCGAAAUGGAAAAUAUGAAUGAUUCUGCGUAUCUGCAUCUAGGUUGGUAAUAAAAAAAAAUCUUGAAUAUAGUGUAUUUGAUCGUUUCUUGCCUAACAGUAUAUGACCUCACAGGCUGAAAAACAGUAGCAGGUUCAGUCCAGACCUUAUUUCGCCAUCCCAAAUGGUUUUUCCGUUUUAUGCCUAAAGAGAUGUAUAGAUAUAUAUUUUUAGACAGUAAUAGGAUUUCUUUGUUAUGCAAACAAUAUGUUUAUAGGCCAAACUGACCAGGUUUGCAUUUGCAUUAUAUACCUGCCCCUAUUACAUUUUUAUUCCGUAAUAGAAGAUGGUAUUUGCCUACUUCACUGCUAAGUGGGGAGGGCAGAUAAUGCUAAAAAGUUCAUUGUAAUCCCCCCUUUCAGGGUUGGAAUUUACAAAAGCUUCUGUUCAAAGUGUAUAGCCACAGGAUACACAGUGCUGGAAAUAUUAAGGUUUAUACAGUCCAGAGUUGCAUACAUGUCUCUAGUCAAUGCAAGAAGCAAUACACACUCAAGAUCCGAUUAGAGUGAUCCUUGUGGAUAACACUGGGGCACACAAAUACUGGUAUUACCUCUUUUGCUUUGGAAUCUGUACCUUAAUUGAUUUUUGUUGUCCUUUACAAACUUGAUCGCCUCUUUUCCUUCCUUCCUUCUUUUUCUUAUCUUUUCCCAUCUUUGAUUCCCACCAGGGUUAGUCCUUCAAGGCCAGAAUCUCCUAAGACUCAGUAUGACCUGUAACCCUCCUCUGGCUCAGACUGUUGCCUGCUUUCUACCUGUUCUGUCUUGGACUGUGUGACAUUCACCACACUAUUUGUUCUGUUGUACAAUAGUUGUGCUACACGCAUAUGAAAUGUGAUUAUUGGUAUGAAUUAAACAAGUCAUCCUCAGUUGCAUUAAGGAACCUUAUCAUGUCUAUGGUAGUAUGAUAUCCUUAUAUAAAUAUACUAUAAAUAAUUCUAUAUAUAUAUAUAUGAGAACUUAAAUAUACAUUUCAUGAUACGUAAGCUGAUGUGCUUCCAUGUCGAUUUGAGUCUUUAGUAGAUCAUAAGUCUGGGGAAAUGACUAAUGUUGCUCAGUUAGCAGCUGGUUCUGUAUCUCUGCAUGUAAAGAAGCCUCAGUUUUUGGAAAAGAUGUUCUCGGUGCUGGUGUUUAGCUGUUAUAAAUGUCAGAGCGUUGAAUAAAAUAUGUUUCUUUAAAAAAAA